GAAAUAGAAUUCGAACUCGUAAAACAACGUGAUUUGAUUUUUUUGAGCACGUUGUUUGAUACAAAUGUUGAUUAUGAAACCACAAAAAUUAACGAGUGAAAUGGUUUACGAAGACGAAAAUGAUUUUGAAAUGAUGGCUGAGGAUGAUGAUAAUGAUGAUGCUAAUCGGAAAUCAUCGGUAACUGGUAAAAAACCGAUCAAAAAAGCAACGGCCACAUUGGUGGAAAAAUUUGCCGAACGUCAUAAAACGAUUCAAGAAUAUCGAAAAUUUUUGUCCAAUAUAAGUGAACGUGUUAUGUCCGAUCCACAAUAUAAUAUUAAUCGAAUUAAACCAUUGUUAGAUAUUUUGAUUACAACUCGUGAUGAUCCACGAAUUGGUUCGGCUUUUUUCUCCAUACAAAAACUUACAUUUAUUACUUUGAAUGUAAUUUUUUUGGAUAUCAUUCCAAAUUAUCGUAUCUAUAAACGUGGUGAACAAACAAGUUUAAAAUUAAAAGAUGAAACACGUCAUGUAUUGGAUUUUGAAAAUCGAUUAUUACAAUAUUAUCAAGAAUAUUUAAAACGUUUGAAACGUUCAAUUGGAUCGGUUAUUGAUUCAAAAAAACAAGGUGAUUCAGAUUUUUAUCGAACAAUGUUAACAACUGUUGAAGCUCGACAACGUUUAGCAACAAUUGGUUGUCGUUGUUUAAGCGAAUUAAUCAAUCGACAUUAUGAUUUUAAUUGUCGUGAAACAUUGGUGGAUUUAGCAGCAAAAAUAUUAUGUAGUAAUCAGGCUACAAAUGAAAUGCAACAAAUUAUCUAUGAUGGAUUGAAAAAUUUAUUUCGUAAAGAUUUAUUAGGUGAAACAACCGUUGUUUUUGUAAAAUUAUUAACCAAAAUGAUUCAAGAUUUACGUUAUCGUAUUCGUCCAAUUACAAUGUCUGUAUUUGCUAAUAUAUUAUAUCGUAAAAUUCGAGAUCAAGAUUCAAAAACCAUUGAAAAAAAUGGUAAAUCAAAUAAUCAACAAUCUAAACGUGAUCGUAAACAAGCGAAAAAAAUGAAACAAUUAGAAAAACAAUUAUUGGAAACUGAAGCAACCGAAAAUGAUGAAAUUCGUCAACGUCAUGAAUUGAAUAUACAUGAAAUUUUAUAUGCAUUUUUUAUGAAAUUUAUAACAAUUAUUCAGGAAUCAUCAUUAUCAAAAUCAAAUCAUAAUUGUAAAGAUUUUGAUCGAUGGUAUCGUCCAUUAUUAUCAAUUUCAUUGGAAUCAAUCAAUCAUUUAGCAUUAUAUUCGAAUGAAGAAUUUUCAUAUGCUUGGAUAAAAAAAUUGAAAUUAUUUAUUGAAAAAUCCGAAUUGAUUGAAAAAUUUCAACCAUAUGAUAAAUUGAUUUUAAUGAAAAAUAUUUAUACAUUAAUGUCACGUAUUGAAAACAAAACAACAACUACAAAUCAAUUUGAUUUUAAACAUUUAUAUCAAUUUUUAUAUGAAUUUCCUAUAGAUCAAAUAAUUGAUGGACAGCAACAACAACAACAACAAACAUUUUCAAUGUAUAUACAAUGUAUACAUGCAAUGAUCAUCAAAUCAAUUCGUCAACAUUUUCCUUUAAAUCGUUUAAUGAAUUUUGUUUGUCGUUUUUUAUCAUUGGCAACUGUAUUGCCUACUAUUCAGGCAAUUGUUCUUUUAUAUUUAACUCGAAAAUGUAUACAAUUUUAUCCACGAUGGCCUAAUCCAGAUGAUGAUGAUGACGAUAACGAUGAUUUUAAUGUUGACAAAACUUUAACCGAUUGGAAAUUAUCUAAAAAUGUUGAUGGUGAUAUGAUGUUUAAUCAGAAUCCAAUGGAUAGUCAACAAAAAUCUAUUCAAACCAUUCGAAUUAUUAUCAAUUCAUUAAUGAAUAAAUCAAAUAAUGGUUAUAUUCAACUAUUAGCAUCAUGUUUAAAUGAAUUAAUACAACAUAAAAAUCGUCAUUAUUUUAAUCAACAACAACAAUAUUCAUUGAUGAAUAAAUUUAUACGAAAAUAUCAUUUAAAUAAUAAUAUUUGUGAAUUAUUAUUAUCUGAUAAUAUAAAUGAAUCAUUUGAUUUGUAUGAAAAAUUGAUU